AUGGAGCAAGCAGCGGCGUUGCAAGCAAAAAUUGCACGUUUAAAGAACGAUGGUGCUGCUGACGAGCAUAACUACCUUAAGCUCGUUCUUGAAGGCGUUGAAGCGUCGUUAGAUGAAGGAAAUACCGGAAGAUCGCCUACGGCGUAUCUUGUUUCCUUGCUCUCUCUGCUCACGGAGCAUGCUGAUAUGAGCAAGGAAAUAGAAAAAGCAACAGUCAGUUUGGUUGAACUUGUUUUGGGCUUCGUUCCCGUGCAGGUUUUGCGUGCAAAGCUUUCUCAGAUUCUUUCUUGCGUAGCACCCGUUAUGAACAACACAGACCACAGCAAGAUUAUUAUUGUUCAUUGCAUCGGAAUCCUCGAAAAGCUUCUCCUGGCUCAGGAAACGAAUGCCUGGCAGCGUGACCAAACUGUCAAGUCAUGCCUUCAUGCCUUGCUGACACUGGGCACCUCGGCUUCUACACGCACACAGAAAGCUGCAUUGAGUGCCGUUAUAAAAAUCCUGCGUAAUCCUCCUCCUUCUCCCUCCUUGGGCCAUCCCGGUGCAAAAUUGGCAUCCGUUGAUACUCUCAACCUUCUCAAUUCCUUUGUUAUGGUGCUUAGUUCUGGCAACGCGUCUGCUGUCGAGGUUCAACGCACUCUUCAUUCCCUUGUUCUUGCUCGUAACAUUUGUCUGCAUGCUGGUUGGUCUUCCAAGCAUACUGAACAACUUGCUUCUUUGCUGUCGAGCAUCACGGAAAGCAGAAACGCCCAUCUUUCGCAAGCCGCUUUUUCUGUCUUCUCCGCUCUGUUUAAGGGUCUUUCUCUGAGCAUUGAGGCAGACGCCUUUCAAGCACUUUUGAAGGCUCUCUUUACUCUUCGUCCCUCCGAGUACGAUGUACAACUCUUGCCUAGUUGGCUUGACGCUGUAAAGAGCUGCUCCAACUUUAUGAAAAAAUACUCACCAGACGAGGCGCGGUCUACAUGUUUCAAACAAUUCAAUAAUCUUUUUGAAUUUUUGAGAUCAGACUCGCCUGCCAUCCGCAGUGCUUGUAGCAGUACUCUCACUAGCGUGGAAGCCGCUAAGCAGGUUGCCGACAAGUUAAUGGGUGCAUUACAAAGUAUCCAUUUUAGAGGUGCUUGGAAGGAGUGCCUGCAAGUAGUGGAAUCUCUGUGCACAGCGUUGCACAAGGCUGCUUCCCCAGUGAUGCUCCCCUUACUUUCGCUUGUUGGUGAACUUCGUGCUACGGACUCGUUUGAAGAAAAGGCAAUGGCUGAUCGUGCUAUUGGUCGGUUUGUUGCUGAACUUGGACCUGAGGCAGUUUUAAGUGUGUUGCCUCUCAAUCUCGUCAACCCCUCUGAAGGCCAAAACGGUCGUGCUUGGAUGCUUCCCAUUCUUCGUGAUAACAUUUACUGUACGAAAUUGGGUCACUUUGUAAAUGUGUUCGUCCCUUUGAGUGGAGUCUUAUUUCAAAGAAUCAUAGAUCUUAGUGAUGCUGACAGCAUUCCCGCUAAAAUCCUUCAGACUUUAAUUGAACAGAUUUGGGCUUUGCUUCCAGGAUACUGCUACUUGCCUGAGGAUCUGAUUGAGUCUUUCACAACUGACUUUGCCAGUAUCUUGGUAAACGUUUUGUACCAGCAAGAAGACUUGCGCACGAACAUCUGCAAUGCACUCAUUGAGCUUAUUAAGAGCAACAAGGCUGUGAAAGAAGGAAAGCCUCUCAUCGAUGGAGCACUGUCUCCCGUAGAUGUCCAAAAAGCAACUGCUAAUCUCGAAUAUCUCGGUUCCUUGUCUUCAAAUUUCCUCUUUACACUAAUGAACGUUUACUCUUCGACCCCAUCGCAGUAUCAUGCACUGUACAUGCGCUGCUUCAAUGCUUGGCUGUCCAUUGCUCCGGCAGAAGUCAUUCAAUCCAUUUUUGAUAGAAUGAAUGGUACUUUCUCCGAUUCUAUAGAUGCCUUGGAAGGCACUAACAGAGAAGACGAAGAUAACGGAGUUCCUCCAGCAGCAUAUACUUCGGUGGAUGUGUUGAUUGCUCUUGCCCCUUUUGUACCGAAGGAAGCGUUGUUUGUCAUGCUAAACUACGUUCAAGCUCUUUCACAGCACAUCAAUCUUGGUUUGCGGAAAAAGGCUUACAAGCUGUUGAGCGCUAUUCUCAAGGUUCCUUCGCGCGAGGAGCUUCUGAAUGAGAAGCUCAGUGAAAUUAUCUCAAUUUUCCGUGAAGGAGCAAAUAACAUCAGCCCCGCAACCCAGAAAGAUCGUCUUAUGGCAUUGAGAUGUUUAUUUGAAAUUUCUUCUCCAACCUUAUUCGCUGAAAUGCAAAGUUUCCUUCCGGAAGCUGUCAUUUCAACGAAGGAGGAAAGCGAAAAAGCUCGCCACGCAGCUUUUGAACUUUUGAAGCUGUUUAUGCAACAAGCUCUCAACUCUUCGAACUAUGGCAUGACUGCACCCGAGCGUCUGGAGCGCUUUGUUUCAUUACUUUGCGCUGGUCUUGCUGGCAGUAACUCUCACAUGAUCAGUGCAACUAUUGUUUCCAUUACUUAUGUGGUUGCCGAGAACAAAAGCAUCAUUCGUCAGGAAUUUCUUCUUGAAUUUUUGAAAACCAUUGACUUGUUGACAACGUCGCGCAACGCGGAAGUCGCCAGACCGACUGUUGAUUUCUUGAAGGUUUCACUUUCUCUAUUGCCAGCUGAUUUCCUGAAGUCGUUUUUGCCAAAACUUGUACCAAGCCUUCUUAGUUGGUCUCAUGAAUCGAAGGGCCAUUUGCGUAUCAAGGUGAAGAACAUUUUAGAAAAGCUUAUCCGUCGUUUCGGUUACACCGAGGUUGAGCAGUACGUUCCCACUGAAGACAAACGUUUAGCCAUUAACAUUCGUAAAUCUCGCGAACGCCAUCUUCGCAAGCGUCGUGAGCGCGCUAUGCGGGGUGUUGCCGAGCCAUUGCGUGUGAGGAGACAGUUUGCUUCGGCGUACGAAGCUGCUGUAUACGAUUCAGAAAGUGAAGAAAGUGAGGAGGAAGGUGCUGCUGCACCUGCCGCUAAAAACGAGACGUUCAUUCAUAUGGGUGAUGAGGACGAACCUCUCGAUUUGCUUGACGUCCAAGCGAUUUCUCGUAUUUCCUCAACGAAUCCCUCGGCUCACAAGGUGCACAAGAGCGUCGCCGACUCUUUCCGUUCCGGAGAGGAUGGUAAAUUUGUGUUUGAGGAGGACCAAGACGGCGAUGCAGACAACGAGGAUGCCGAGUUUGCUGAGCGUGUGGCAGACACACGAUCUGCAUACUUGGAAGCAGUUGCUGGUGCCGACUCCUUUACUCGUGGUCCUAACAACAAGAUCAAGUUUAAGAAGAAUAAGCGUGGUCGUGAUGACUUCGACGAGGACAUGCUUGACGAGGACAGUCAACCUACUCGUCACUCAUCCAAAACGAAGUCUGCUAAGCAAGUUGCUGGGCUGAAGGGACACAGCAGAAAGCUUUCCAGAAACAAGAAACGGCGUUAA